GCAGAUUUUGCUCCAUCUUUAGUUGAUCCUGCUCCGUCUUCGGCUGAUCCCCUCCAUCUUCGGCAGGUCCUGCCCGUCCUCAGCAGAUUCUGCUCUGUCUUCCACAAAUCCUGCUCCAUUUGUGGAUGUCUUGCUUCAGGAAGUAUAUCUGAAAAAAGGUCAGGAAACUGCAGCGGGACGGUCGAAAAUCAGAAUUGUUCAAGGCACUCUUCAUGCUGGAGAUGAGCGUUUUUUAUCUCGAUCAGCCAUUUUCAAAGGCAUCCUCAGAGCAAACCUGUUACCGACGAUUUGCUAUGUUGUUGGACAUUCUGUUUUCAGGCACUGACAUCGUCAUUAAAGAUGGCGAAACAGUCUGCGAAGCAAUCAAGGAUGCCAUGGAACUGUCCAUGUAUGGACAAGAUGAUCCCACUUUUGGGCGCAAAAUUGACAUGCUUUUGACUCUGGAGGGUUCAUGCGAAGAACUAUCAUCCAAUGAAUGGAAAUCGCUGAAGACGGACAACCAGCGCUUCAUCCAGCAGUCAAAAAAUAUUCGUACCAACUGCGCCAUUUUAAACAAAUUGCAAAUUGACAUGGAUGAUGCUGAACAAGUUCUUGCUAUGGACAUGACCGGUGACGUUGGUUAUAUUUACCGCCUUCAACGAACGGGUGAUGUGGACCCUGCCACAGUCAAAUCGGUCUUUAUCUUGUCGAGGCCCACCUUUAUCAAACGUCCAAAGACUAGUCGGGUUGAAUGGAAGAAAGAUUCGACCUUCGUCCACCCUUCUUUCGCCUGUGGUCUUGCCAAGCGACACCAACUGAAGCUUUGCUCAAAUGGAACGGAUUUCUAGGGCCCAAGUUGAACGAGUCAGGGUCGCAAUGGCCAAACAAAGGAUGACGAAUGUUGCUGUGCCAUCUGGCUUGACCCCCUCGCCAGAUUCUGUCCUCCCGCAUGUCUUCUUCGGUCCAAGAGCCAUUCCCACAAAGAAAGCGCUCGGAUUUGAAAUCGAUGAGUAGCUGCUGCUUUGCCUCAUCUAUCGAGAUCUUUUAACUUGUUUUUACAAUUGUAUAUUUUUUCUUUUCACGUCUUUUUUUUUAUUCUUCAUCGCAAAUAUAAAUAUCUUAUCUUUUCACGUCUUUUUUUUUGAAUCCAA